CACGUCCUCCGCUCCCCUACACAGUCCACGCCCUGUUGCUGUUGCCUCGCCUGCUCUGCUCCUCCGCCGCCCCGUUCAAAAUUCAAACGCCUCCGCACGGCCGCCGAGCCCCCCCGUCCGUCACUGCUGGUUCGUGGCUGCGGGGGGUACGUCAGGGUCACCGGCCCGGCGCUCAUUACUCGCGUCCGGACGGGCGGGCGGGGCUGCUACGGCCGGCCACCGCUGGUUCGGCGUCGCCUUAUCGUCAGGACACCAUCAUUAGCCGCAUCUAAUCGCGAGAUUAACCCUCCACCCUCUUUUUCCUUUGAUGGCCUAAUCAUUAGCGCCCCAAAAGCCGCGCUGCGAGGAUCCUGGUGCUUCGUGUGGUUGGGUGCUCGUCGGAACUCGGGGUGCAGCGUGGCGUGGUGGCGUGCGUGGGCGUCCCGUCGCGGUGGUUCUUUUCCGCGGGUGGGCCGGCGGGCGGUCGCCAUGUACGCCGCCCCGUGAUUAUGGCGAGCCGGAAUACCAGUAGACAGGGGUGUGGGUGCUAUCGUUGCGAGAUCGCGGCGCAUUUAAUUUUUCCUCAGCAGUUUGCGGUCUGACGACCGGCCUCUGCUCCCCAUUCAAACCCUGAUGCUGUGGUGGGGUUCCGUUUCCUUCUUCUGUUUCAGUUACUACUGGUGCUGCGCCAGGCGGUGGUGGUGGUGGUAACGCGGCGCGGUUGGGGAGGAGGAGGAGGAGGAGGAUCGGUGGAGGAGGAGGGCGGAGAUGAGGAUGAAGACGCUGGGGUGCUGCCGGCGGCGGCCGCAGGACUUCAGCAUCGACAUGGACCAGGAGCCCGACAGGGUGAUGACAUAUAAUGGCCUUGAGACCUGCAUUAUCAAUAGUUCCGCCUAUGACGAUGAUAGUGGCAUUAGCGCAACAACAGGUGGAGAUGGUUGUGUCACCAAUGAUUCCCUUGAUGAUGAAGUCUCAAGUUGCUCCAGUAAAGAUGCUUCUGGUUCUUCCUUCUCUUCCCACAGCCUUAGCAAGCAGGAUGAGCAUUCUCUUGAUGAGUUGGGUACACCCAUCGCAGUUCAUCUACUCCCUUUCAAAGGGAAGAAACCAAUCACAUAUACCUUGAGUGCUUCAGAUAUUGAAAACAUGAAGGAAAAAUUUUCAAAGCUAUUGCUCGGUGAUGACACUUCUGGAGGAGCUAGGGGUGUUUGUACUGCUCUGGCCUUGUCCAAUGGCAUAAUCAAUCUCUCAGCAACUGUUUUUGGAGAACUCUGGAAGCUGGAACCAUUGUGUGAAGAGAAAAAGAUCAGAUGGAGAAAAGAAAUGGACUGGUUACUGUCUCCUACAACUUACAUGGUGGAGUUGGUUCCGACGAAGCAAAGUGGGGCAGAUGGAUGCACAUUUGAGAUUAUGACUCCGAAGGCCCGUUCAGAUGUUCAUGUGAACCUUCCUGCUCUUCAGAAGCUUGAUGCGAUGCUCAUUGAAGUGAUGGACUCAAUGAUAGAUACAGAGUUCUGGUACGAGGAGAGUGGCAGUAGAGCUGAUGGGCGGGGAAAAAUAACUUUUCCAAGGAAGAGUAAAAAGUGGUGGCUCCCAUCUCCUCGUGUCCCUGAGCAAGGGCUAUCUCAAUUUCAGCGAAAAAGGCUUGUUUUUCAGGCUAAGCUUGUUCAUCAGAUCCUCAAAGCUGCAAAAUCCAUCAACGAACAAGUCCUAUUCCAUAUGCCUAUUCCUGCAGCUGUUAUGGAUGCCCUCCCAAAGUCUGGGAGAGCUAGCUUGGGCGAAGAUUUGUAUCAAGCUAUAACCACGGAGUAUAUUCCUAUAGAGGAAAUCUUUGUUUCGCUCAGUUUGAAAACUGAGCACAGCGUGCUUGAGACUAUAAACCGGUUGGAGGGCGCAGUGUUUGCAUGGAACCAAAGGAUUUUAGAGGAAAAAAGCAAGAGGUCCCCAGGACGGCAUUCCUGGAACUUCAUGAAGGACAGUUCGUCAGAACUCGACAAGAUGUCUGCGUGCAUCGAAAGGGCUGACACUCUUGUGCAGCUUCUGAAAUCCAGAUUUCCCAACCUUCCUCCAACGUUUAUAGAUGUUUUGAAGGUCCAAUACAACGUGGACGUGGGUCAUGCCAUUGUGGAGGCUUACUCUAGGGUCCUUGUCGGGGUCGCAUUCAGCAUACUGUCCCGGGUGGCGGAGAUACUUCUGGAGGACGACCUGGUGAAGAAGCCCAACACCCCGAUGGCGACGCUGAAGUUCGACCUCUCCUCCGACGUGUACCUGGCAGGCAUCACGGAGACGCCGCCGGGCCGCAUCCGGCGGUCCCUCAUGGACCAGAUCAGCAUGGUCGACGGCCGCCUCGACGCCGUCGUCAGGAAGAAAGGGGUGAAGCAGCUGCGGUGGUGAGGGUGCGGCCGCGCCCGCGCCCGGCCGUUGUGAAUCUUUUGGCGAUGUGUACAGGGUGGCGAUGCGGCGGGGCCCAGUUGUCCGCCCCGCAAGGUACCUUACUGAUAGCGUAAUGCGACGUGUUUCGCGACCGAUGA